GAAAGAGUAGUGUUGCAUAAUCAUCAUAGAUAUAGUUCAACUUAUUCAAGUGUUGUAUAUGAUUUGCAAAUCCAACUUGGAAUGUAUAAUGUACGAAUGUUCAAAAUGGAGUUUCGUUAAAUGGAAAGAGAAAUUUAAUCUAUUCUCUACCAUAAGAGUCAAAGAAAUAUGCAUUGAAGACAUACUUAAUGAUGAGCUGAAUGUAAUCUUGCGAAAAAUUUUGAAGAAUAGAUUAACACGCAGGUCUUGAAUACUGAAUUCAAGAGUGAUACGGCUGCUAAUUUAUUAAAGAGCGAACUAUCUAGACCCUUAUAGAAUUAUGGUCUAUUCAAUAAAGUUCCGAACUGUUUUCUUCAGCAAAUAUCCAUUCAGGGAAGUGUCAAAUUUGAAUUGUUGCUUUGGAACACCUCAAUGUGUAUUUGUCUGUCUACUUGCCCUUGCGGAGCAGGUAAUAUUGGCCAUAAAAAGCGUGCAUGUGGUAAAUCAAUAUUCGAGCACUAUAUUGAGUGGCUUUUUAAAGGGGAAUGAAAAUCAGUCAAAACUCAGUCCCUGAAUACAUGAUCAACUUGGGUCACAUCUCAACUGUUAUGGAUGCAGAGGAAUAUACCAAUAAUUAUCAUGUUAAGUCCAAUGGUGUCCUUGGACUUUAAAUGGACAUUUCCUACUGGUCGAUAUUUGUUCACUUAUUAAAUAUUGUACAAAUGUUGUUUUCUAUCUUAUGGUACGAUGUGGUAUGCUUGAUUGGUAUAUAAACAGAACAGGUGCACAGACCGAAGCAGGUGGUUUUCUUAGGGGACCACUCCCCGAGCCUUUGACCUAAAGGUCUGAUCCACAAGGCAGUGGAGCAUCGUAAGGAGAUGCAGUCCCAUGGUAGCCGGUGACCAACGAUUGGUUCAUACGCCAUUUGUUCCCUCAGGAUCCUGGAGCCCAUGUGCACUAUUCAUUUGGUUUGGAAUCCGGUUAAGGCGUCGGACAUUCGAUUUUCGUCCUCUCAAUUUCGUAAACAACACCCCCGUGAUGAGAGAACGCGAUGAGUAGGACUUCCCUGUCAGAGGCUGUAUACGCGUGGCCGUGUGAGAGCAUUUCGAGAGGGAGGGCGGGCCCACCCCACUCUCGGCCAUACCAGGACAUUUGGGGGCAGACCACCAUGGAAAACCUGGAAGCACUGGACGGCCAUCUCGUCCUAUUGUGGGACUCCUCAGCAGUGCGCAUCCACAAUCCCGCCUCACAAGAAGCAGUAACCAGUGGAGUUCAACCGGGUCUGUUGUAAGAUAGUAACUCACGGAAGACACUGGUGAAUGUUUCACUUAAUUUCGUGGAUUAGUUGAAGUUAAACAUUAACAGCGUUGGAUACCGGUCGGUUCAGUGGUCUAUAGGCUUAGCGUUCACACGUGAGACUGAUAGGACCUGAGUUCGAAUCUCGUGAGGCGGGAUCGUAGAUGCGUACUGCUUUGGAGUGUUAUACUAGGACGAAACAGUCUUCCAAUGUUUCCAAGUUUUCCAUGAUGAUCUAGCUUCAAUUGAUUCAUGAUAUCAACUAUUAAAAUAAUAUGUUAUUCUGUUCUAUAUUUAACUGAAACACAGUUAUAUCACUCAAGGUGUAAUUUCAUUUCUUUGCAAAGAAUUCAUAAUGUAGUGGAUAAUAUUGACUAUUGGAAAUAAAAGUAAUGACUUAAAUAGUAAUUAAUCACAGUGUAGACUAAAUUUAUGAACAUUUUGUAUAUUCAAUGUAUAUUUGGAUUAAAGCCUUUCUUUAUCUCCUGCAUUAAGUUCAAUAGAGAAGUCAACAGUCAGUUACUAUUUUAAACGUACUGGAGCAUAUCGAUUGCAUCAAAUGAAAAGUCAUAAUUAUACAUGAACAAUGUAAAAGUAGCUAUGAAUAAUCAUCUAUUGAUAGUAAAAUAGAACUAAUAAACAAUACAAUCAUAGUUAAUAGAUUAAUCGAAAGCUAAAAAGAAUACUCCAUACACAUAGUUACUUUUAUCCCUUAGAAAAGAGCAAGAACAAAAAGAUUCUAGCAGAAUAACAUCUGGUUCUCAUCAGUUGCUUACAACUUGUGAUAUUUAAAAAUCAUUCAUUACAUAAUCGGUUCAAAUUACUUACAUGAAAGUGUUUAGUUGGAUGUUAAUAAUGAAAAUACAUCAGUACAGUGUAGUAAUGGUGUAAAUAAAUUGAAUAGAUUGAAUACUGUAAUGUGGUGUGUGCUACUUAUAUUGAUAUAAGUAGUAUAUAAUGUUCGUCGUGAACUGAAUGUCUGGCAGCAGAGAGACAAGAGGAUCGAACAAUAAAGAAUGGAAACAGAAUGCAAUUUGUAUGAAAAUGCAAGAACAAUGAAGUCUGAGUGAUUUUGAGACAAUUGAUGGACAUUUUGCAAAUUAAACAUUUACUUUAUGAUUGUUAGAUUUUAUUAACAAGUCCUGUAAUUUUGUGACAAAUACAUUCGAUUGUCGCCGCUGGUGUUCUUGUUCACUACAGUAAUUAUAUAUCUUAUGUGAAAGAAUAUUCUACAAUAUUGACUGUGACAACAAUUCAAACGACCAGAAAAAAAGAGGACUACAUAAUGAGUAAACCUUGAUAGGAAUAAAAUGAGUGAAUCUUAGUGAAUUAAAAUAAGAUUACUAAUCUAGAAAACAGACGAAAUAAAAAGUCAUAGUGAUGUUAUAAAUACAAAGGAAUAUUUGUUACCAAGGCAAAAGAAAGAUUAAUAAUCAUCUUCUUAUGAACACAUAACUCACGUUUUUGUUACCUGAUAGCAACGUCUUCAGUAAAUUUCAAGUUGUAAGCAACUGACGAGUGAUGAACAAAAAAUGAAUUUAUACUAUUCUAGUAAAAUCUUUGUUCUUAGUCAAUUCAUAUAAAGAUAACCUAGUCCUUCUAUCCUAUACACACGAACAAAUGCAGAUGAAGACAACUAGUGUAGCAACAGCCUCUGCAAACAUAGAGAAAAAAAGCAAGAUCCUCAAAUACAACACGGAGAACACCAAACCAAUCACAUCUGAUGGAGAAGCUCUGGAAGACGUGCGAUCUUUCACGUACCUAAUAAGCAACAUUGAUGAACAAGGAGGAUCGGAUGCAGAUGUGAAAGCGAGGACUGGCAAAGCAAGGACCGCAUUCCUACAAUUGAAGAACAUAUGGAACUCAAAACAACUUUCAACCAUUAUCAAAGUGAGAAUCUUCAAUACGAACAUCAAGAAAGUUCUAAUGUACGGACCUGAGAUUUGGAGAACUACUACAACCAUCACCAAAUAUGUACAAGUAUUUAUAAAUAGUUGUCUACGCAAGAUACUCAACAUUCAUUGGCCGGAUACCAUCAGUAACAGCCUACUGUGUGAGAGAACAAACCAACUUCCAGCUGAAGAGGAAAUUAGUAAUACACGAUGGAAAUGAAUAGGACAUACAUUACGCAAAUCACCAAACUACAUCACGAGACAAGCGCUAACUUGGAAUCCUGAAUGGAAGCGGAAAAGAGGAAGGUCAAAACAC